AUGAUUGCCGACAACCCCCGCCGACCCAUGAGUGCAAAGGAGAUAUCCCGUCAAGCCGCCGAUUUCCAGUUUACGACCGCCCUGACACUUGAACAGUGGCUGCGCACCGCCAAGACUCUGGACAGAGAAGCCAGGAGCUACCUUCAGGAUGGGAACUUUCACAAGGCAUUCAUGCUGUACCUCCGACUGUCCGACUUGCUCAUGACCUACCUACCCAAACAUCCACAGGCCAAGACACCCGAAGGAAAGAGACUCAUGAAACAAGCUAGGAGUGGUCUGGAAGAUAUUUUCAAGAACCUGGAAAUGAUCCGGCCCAUUAUCAAUCGCGAGUACGACGAGUGGUUAGCUAAUGAGGCGAGGAGGAAUGGCCCGCAAAUCCAGAACCAGGCUGAUGCUGAUGCGCAAGCCACGCAGACAACAUACGAAAAGCAUGCCGCUCGAGACCCUACACUAUCUUCCAAAGCAAAGGUGCUUGAUGCUGGCGAACACCUGGAUCUAGCUGUAGACCUUGCCAAGAAGGAAUUCAAUAGACGCGAUGCAGACAGAAGAGCCUCGCGACUCAACGGACUGUCGACAGAAGAGGAGCAAAGCAGACGUACGGCUGGUUUCUGGAAUGCAUGGACAGACGAACUGGCAAAAACACAAGCAGAGAGUGAAGAAAUAUUUAGGCAAAAGACUCAGUCGAUUCAUGGCCUGCAAGAUGGCCCUGACAAUCAGCAUAUCCACGAAUACGUCACAAGGAUGGGCCAGGCGGAGAGAGAGAGAGAUGAGCUAUCCACAUACAGGCCCCUGGGCAUUGUCGAGCCAGGCCUUUCUUACCCAUCAAUCACGAGAUCGACACCGGUCCAAUAUCAAGGUCUAUCAAGACCUGAUAUCGAAUCAUUACAGCAGCCGCCCAGGCCGCCCAAAGCAGGGAUUCCAGCCCAUUUCGAGAUUGCACCACCGCAGCAACCGAUACCAGAACUUCCCUCCAAGGAGCCUCUCUGGCCACCCAUGAGCCCUCAAACGAUACCUCAAGUGCAUCAAUCGGCUGCUCCCGUGCGGCCGCCCAAGGAGCUUGAUGUGGAGCCACCAAAAAAGACAUCUAACCGAGAGCAUCUGACCUUUAAACCUGCUGCAUAUUUGGAAAAUGGGGAACCAAUGCGCUGCGUCAUAUUACCAUCCAAGAUGCGCCUGGAUUUUCUGCGCCUAGCCGCACACAAUACGCAAAAAGGGCUGGAAAUGUGUGGCGUCUUGUGCGGUACCGCCGUCAACAAUGCGCUUUUCGUCAGAUGCCUAGUCAUUCCAGAGCAGCGAUGUACGUCUGAUACGUGCGAGACGGAAAACGAGGGAGCCUUGUUCGACUUUUGUGAUAAAGAGGACCUCAUACAGCUCGGUUGGAUCCAUACGCACCCGACUCAGACCUGUUUCAUGAGUAGCAGAGAUCUUCACACACAAUCGGGUUAUCAAGUAAUGUUGCCAGAAAGUAUUGCCAUUGUCUGUGCUCCAACCGACAAUCCCUCGUAUGGCAUUUUCCGCCUGACAAACCCACCUGGACUGGGCCAUGUGCUCGACUGUACUCUAACCAGUACAUUUCACCCCCACAGCGUGGAUAAUCUGUAUACAAGUGCCGGAACGAGCUCCGGCGGCCAUGUCCUCGAGCACGACAAUCUCGAAUAUCAAAUACGCGACCUCCGGCCCGGAAAGGAUUACUAG